AUGAGUUUGUUCAGUCUCUUCCAAAUCUUUGGCAAACCGUUUUUCUCUUUUGCUGUUACCAUUUAUGAGCCAUUCAUAUCCAACCAAACACAGCAAUCUGCAAAUUAUUGUUUUCAGUUUGAACCACCUUUAGCAACAUAUAAGAUUAUUCGAUCUCUACCUUUGGAUACCAUUUUUUCAAUUUCGAAGUUUCAGUCCCGUAUUAACUCUAUGGAAAUCUUCAACUUUUUCCCUCUAAGCCAUCAUCCUAUGCUUCAAGUCUCGUAUGCUUUACUAAUAAUUUCAAGCAUUCCCUUUGCUAUAUCUGACAUCAAGGAAAAACACAUUGUUGAUGACUCCCGAAAAUCUUUUGCCUUUCAGAGAUUUGGAUUCUUAAAAGAUGGUCACGCCUUGAUUUCAAUAAAAGAUAUCUCAUGGAAAUCAAAGACUCACAAGGCACAACUAAACCUAAAUUCCAUGGGAUUUUACAUUUACAAAAGUUCAUUUCUGUUCCCAAUUAUAAUGGAGUCCAUACGCAACAAACACUCAUGCAUUUUAUCGAGCAAAUAUGUGCAAGUGUUGUCCACAUUUGAAAAGCUCACCACCAACUCAUCAGCAUAUAAUGUUUCCACUGCCAUUGAUGAACCCGACGAAUAUAUUCUGAGUUUUUGUAAUUGCCAACCAGAAUUUGAAGUAUCAAUGUAUGUCCACACUGAGAUGUACAAUUUGAAACAUGGCGAAAAGGAGUUCCUUUCUGCAGGCAAAACCAAUUUGCCAAUCCUCUAUUUUCUCUUAUUUCUUAUAUAUACAAGUUUUUUCGUUAUGUGGGUCUUCACAUGCAUUAAACAAAGACCAAUUACUGAAAAAAUCCAUACAAUUAUGGGUGCAUUACUUCUCUUCAAGAUGCUUUCAAUGAUAUCUGCUUUUGAAGACUAUAUGUACGUGAGAAAAACGGGCACUCCUCAUGGUUGGGAUAUAGCAUUUUAUGUUUUUGGGUUAUUCAAAAGUGUACUGCUUUUUACUGUCAUUGUGCUUAUAGGCACAGGGUGGUGCUUCCUGAAACCUCACCUACAAGUCCGAGAGAAGAAGGUUUUAAUGAUAGUAAUGCCAUUACAGGUUGUUGCGAAUAUUGCUUAUGUUAUUCUGAAGGAAAAGGGUCCAACAACGAUAGAGUGGUUUAUGCUUUACAUUACAUGGAACCGCACUCUCUUGCUAGUUGAUCUAGUCUGUUGUUGUGCCGUUUUUUUCCCAAUAAGCUGGUCAAUUAGAAGCUUACGAGAAGCAUCCAAAACAGAUGGCAAGGCAGCUAGGAAUCUUGAAAAACUAAAACUGUUCAAGCAAUUCUACAUGGUUUUGGUGGGGUACUUGUAUUUUACAAGGGUUGCAGUUCCGGCAAUUGGUGAAAGGUUGAAUUAUAGAUAUGAAUGGGUUGGGGAUGCCACAGAAGAGUGUACACCGAUUGAAAGGAAUCCAUACUUGGUGAUUGAUGAAGAGGAAGAGAAUGCGGCAGGCCAGUUGUUGGAAGAUGGUACAUUAAUUUGAACUCUAGGCUUUGAGCUGGUAUGUUGUCUCUCCAGGUCUAUUCUACACUGGGAUGAGA